UCCCUCUACACCGGAAGUUGGAUUGUUUACGUCUUCCAAAAUGGCGGCGGGAAUGUAUUUGGAACACUAUCUGGACAGCAUAGAGAAUUUGCCGUUUGAAUUGCAAAGAAACUUCAAUUUAAUGAGAGAUCUUGAUCAACGCACAGAAGAUCUGAAGGGGCAGAUUGACAACCUGGCUAAAGAGUACACUUCCAACGCGAGGACUCUCUCCUCAGAGCAGAAGCUCUCCAUCCUGAGGCAGAUCCAGCAAUCAUUCAGCAAAAGCAAAGAGUUUGGAGAUGAUAAAGUGCAACUGGCCAUGCAAACAUAUGAAAUGGUGGAUAAACACAUCAGGCGACUGGACACAGAUCUGGCUCGGUUUGAGGCAGAUCUGAAGGAGAAGCAGAUUGAGAGCACGGAUUAUGACUCUGCCUCCAGUAAAGGCAAGAAAAGCGACUCCAGGGUACAGAAAGAGAAGGUGGCUAAAACGCGAUCUAAAGUGAAGAGUUCGGAUGAAGACGGUAGUCCAAAGAGUGUGCAGAAGAAGGUCAAACUCCUCCAGCCAGGGGAAUUCAGCACUCCCGCUGCCAACUUCGGGAAUGUCCACCCAUCUGAUGUACUGGACAUGCCCGUUGACCCCAACGAACCCACUUACUGCCUGUGUCACCAGGUGUCCUAUGGAGAGAUGAUAGGCUGUGACAAUACAGAUUGUUCUAUUGAGUGGUUCCACUUUGCUUGCGUUGGCCUGACGACCAAACCAAGAGGAAAAUGGUAUUGUCCUCGCUGCACCCAAGACAGAAAGAGAAAAUAAGACAAAUCAAAACAGGUCAGACGACUUUGGCCAUCUGGGAAAGGAUGAGAUUAAAGUAGUCCUUUUUAACUUUUUGAAAAGUAUUGAAUACUGUAUCAUCACCUGUCUGUCUGCCAAGCUUGGUUUUCUCUAUUUUAUUACCAUUGCCUUAUGCAGUUUAUGUUGCGUCUAGUGUUUAUAGUUCGAUUUAAAUUAUGAUAGAAACUAGACUGAUAAUGGGCAAUGACAGAUCAUUUCUUCUUAUAUAUAUAUAUAUAUAUAUAUUUUUUUUUUACAUUACUUUGUGAGCAAGAAAGACUAAAUGUUGCGUAUUAUUUCACCUUCUUAGUUUCAUUUAUCCUACUGCAAUAAGCUUUACACUGAAUUUGACUGAGUUAAAAUGUUGUUGUUUUUUGGACCAUAGGUUACUAUAUGCUUCAAUUGGGUUUAGAUUCUUUUAGUUGUGUAUAUUCCAUUAUUUUGUCUAGAAGAGGAAAUAAAGGCCGGAGUGUCAUGUUUACAGUAUUAAUGUAGAUUGGUUUGAUGAGUGUGUGAAAGUAGGUUUGUCUGGAUUUAAAGUGAGAAAAUGUGUUUCAAGUGAAAAUGUCACAGUAGCUGAAACAUGGAUAAACUGAUUUAUUUUAUUUUUUAAUACAGCUACUACCUCAA